AUGAUGCAAAGGCUACGCAAAAAGAUCGAAAUGCUCUUUGGUAACAACCGAGGUACUGGCAAGAACAACAAACCUAAUAGCCAUAGAGUUGAAAAUAAUGCAAAAUCGAAGAAGAGAAAGAGGAGUGAAUGGCAAGGAAAUAGAAAGAAGAGGAAAGCAUCAAAAGCGAAAGAAUUAAAAAGAGUGAAGAGGCAGAAAAAGGUAAAGAGGGAGAAUCGGAAGGUAGCAGAGAGGGAAUUAUGGAAGGCAGCAGCAAAGAGGGCAAUGAGAGUGGAAGCGUAUGAUAACCCUUCUAAACCGAAGCAAAGUAUGAAGAAGGAGACGAGGAGGAAUGAGAAAAGUAGGGAGAAAUGGAAAGAAAGAGUUGAGACCCGGGAGAAGUUUAAGGAAGAGCGACAUCAGAAGAGAAGGAAUAAUAUUGCUGCCAAAGUCAAGGUGAAGAAGCUGAGAAAGAUUGCUAAAACUAAACCGGUCAUGUUGCAAUCUUUAUUUUACAUUUUCUUAGUAUUUUAUUUCAUUGUUAAAAUUUGA